CCCAGGCACUGCCCGAUUGCUUUGGAUUUCUUUUGCUGCCAGGCUAAGAUUAAACCGGGGACCUGACAGCGCGUGGAGUCGUGAGUGCAGUGGAGAGACGUACUACUAACCUAAAUACGUCUGAAUCAACACCGAGAGUAUAAUUUAAGAACAUUUACCACAGAUUUUUAUAGGAAAUUCGUUUAUUUUAACAAAGACGCAAAUAUGUCCUGGCAAGGCUACGUGGAUAACCUGAUGGCCGAUGGCAGCUGCCAGGACUCCGCCAUUAUUGGGUACACGGACGCCAAAUACGUCUGGGCAGCACAUUCCGGUGGUACUUUUAAUAAUAUAACGCCUCAAGAAAUUGACGUCAUAGUUGGAAAAGAUCGAGAGGGUUUCUUCACUAGCGGUCUGACCUUAGGGCAAAAGAAGUGCUCUGUGAUCAGAGACAGCCUCCUAGUCGACGGUGACUGGACGAUGGACAUAAGGACAAAGAGUCAAGGAGGGGAACCAACAUACAAUGUUUCCGUAGGCAGAGCCGGCAAAGUAUUGGUUAUAGUCAUGGGAAAGGAAGGUGUCCAUGGAGGGCAGCUCAACAAGAAAGCUUUUACCAUGGCUGAAUACCUGAGGAAGACUGGGUAUUAAGCAUCCUCCUCCCUCAUCCACCCAGAAGCCCAUUCUCAUCACCAUCACGUUAUCAUUGACACUGCUACUCCAUGUAGUCGGUAGAUGCUUUUACUUUUCUUUCCCAGUUAUGCCCCCCCCCCCCCUAUUUUUUUGCCACUCCCUUUCCCCCCCACUUCCCUCCUCCAUUUGUUUAUAUGCAUUAACUCACUGUGUACCCAAUUCUCUUUUCUCCCUCUGCUGUCGCACCAUAGGAAAAUAAGCAUGUUAUUAAUGUGACGUUGCAAAAAAAUUGUAUUUUAGAGUUAAAAAAAAAAAAAAAAAAAAAGUACAAAAAAUGAUUAAAGACAAAAAAAUUGGGUUGAUUACAGAUCUGGGCACUUGGUAUAAACACAGCACUGGAAACCUAAAUCAGGCGAAGGAAACCGAAAUUAGCUUAACGGCUGACAUUGGAUGCAAAGGGUGCCGGUAGUGAUAAUGUUGGAUUGGUCGAUGCCUUUAGAGCGCUUUGAGCAGUUAACCAAGCUCAUAUUUGUCUUCCUUUUCUAUAGCAUGACUAGGAGGGAAUUUGCAUGCAUAUCUUUUUAUCUUAAUAAUGAACUUUAUCCCUUUGACUACCCCUCCCUAACCUCUUAAACAAAAAAAAAAAAAAAACCUCAUUCUCAACUCUGGCCAAAAUCCUUUCCUUUUUUUUUUUUUUUUACACCUCACUGUACCUUGUAAGGCAACUUGCCACCAUCACAUCACUUUACCAUUUUACAAGGACACCAGCUUUCCUCCUGGACAAAUCACUGUACCUCUUUUCCCCCACAAACUAUUGCAACUUCUUUAUUAAUAACCUGCAUUGGAUGCUUUUGCUGUUGUGUUUGGGUGUGGUCUUACAAGUCGUGGUGUGGUGUUGGAUUAUUUAGAUCGUAAUAGCAAAUCGGCAUCGUUGCGAUGCAGGGGAUGUUCUCCCACAAUCUCUUCAUCACAUCCCUGACUAUAUAAUCUCCAUGGACAUUCCACCUUAACAAUAGCUCAGGCACUUGAACCCUUAUUUGCCAGCUCCUGUAAUAUAUAUUCUUUUUUAUUUUUUAAAAAAGGCUGCCAUUUUGGACAGUAGAUAUCCCAGCAUAACCAUCUGGAGUGUUGUCCAGUUUGAAUUGUCUUUUUUUUUUUUUUUUUUAAUAGGACCAAUUUUAGUUGCAGCUUGGGGUAUUUGCAGACUUUCUGUGAAUCAUUGUAAAGGGCGACUGGUCACUUCAUCUGUUUGCCAACUGUAUCAUUAACUUUUAAUACUCUAAUGAGAUGACACUAUAGAGAUUUCACAGCUGAAUUUGGUCAAAACAGAUGGAACGCCAUUCGUCCUCAUUCGUCAGCUAUCUUUGCAGAAAUGUCGUCUUCGGAGUACGGCAAUUGACUCUGUAAACCCCCCGCUGUGGAGGGAAGAAAAAAAAAACCAUACUGUGGAAUAAAUUGCCUUGUGCUCCAGUCAUCAAAUAAGAUGUGGUAUCAGAAGUUGUCUGUGAAAGCACGGUACUUAAUGUAAUGUCCAAUUAAAAAAAACGUGGAAAGUAACCAAAAAAAAAAGAAAAAAGAAAAAGAAAAAAAAAUUGUGCACACUUUUCAUGGGAGAUGGUAUUGGUUGGAAUAAGACCACUUUUGGUUGUCUUGUGGAAUCUUUCUACAAUGUGUAUCCUGUGCCAUAAUGUAGAGCUAUGAUCUGUUGCAGUUGUGAGAUGGAUUUUACCCGCUGCCCUGCGAGGAGUCAUUGGAAUGGCACUUCCUACGGAUAUUCUAGCGCAAGCUCAACAUGUUCAGGCCUUGUGGAAUAUGUACAGAUUAAAACAACCCUUUGUCGCUGAUUUAUGUUCGUUUCUUUUCCCUACACCUUUUCUUACAUCUUGGAAUACAGUCUAACUCAUCUGAUUUAAUAUGCAUUAAAAUGAAGAAAAAAAAAAUGCCAUAAAUUGAUAAACCACCUUGUUUACAGACAGAUCAAAUAAAUUUAUUCCAACCAGAUAAA